AUGGUAGAGAGUACCUAUGCGAGUGAUUCGCCCAGAUCGCGUUCUCCGAUGACGGAGCCGUCGAGCCCUCUUCAAGAUGGUCCCGGAAUAUCCGGCUACCGAUAUCUCUACAAUUAUUCGCCGGAGAGUUUGCAGCACAAGUUGAAGAGCAACGACGAGCAAAAUGUGACUGGGAGGCGACAUGAGAUCGAUGGACGCGACAGAACGUUUUCGAGAAGUCCAUUGAGCUCCGAAGAGAUACGAUUCAGACCGCGCGAGGUCUCGAGACCAAGUUCCUCGGCCACCAUGUCCUCCCCUACGUCCGCCUUCACCAUCGAGAACAUCUUAGCGCCUAGACCCAUAGGAAACAUGACACCCACCAGCACAAGUAGCCUUGGAUCGAUCAUUCAAAACCCGGAAGCCGUGGGUUCGCCGUCGAGGACCACGCCGAUCCAUCCUCUUCAGCAACAGAUCCAUCAUCUGGCGUUCACAUCCGCAGACUUGUUCGCUGCAGCAUAUCCUAGUUUAUAUUCCGGCGGUUACGUGGCAGCAAUGGCAGCCGCCGGUGUUUCGCUUCACGGUCAACCGGCCUUCUAUCACGCGGCUCAUCCCUAUCAAAUAAAUCCAAACGCCGCGGCUGUGGGGCCGAUGGCGAAGAGGAAACGUCGUCACAGGACGAUAUUCACAGAAGAGCAGCUGGAACAACUGGAAGCCACUUUCGACAAGACGCACUAUCCAGACGUAAUCUUGAGAGAACAGCUCGCUCUUCAGGUCGAUCUCAAGGAGGAACGAAUCGAGGUGUGGUUCAAGAACCGACGUGCCAAGUGGCGUAAACAGAAAAGGGAAGAGCAAGAACGUAUGCGGAAACUUCAGCUGGAACAACGUCAACGGGCCGACGACAACGUGCCAACGCCUACAGUCAAAGUGCCCGAACAUUUGACAUUAACCAGGCAGCAACAACAACAACAACACGAACAGGACACCGAUAGCUCGGAUCUCGAAGUGGCGUAG